GCAUAAUAGAUCAGUAUUUAAUCGGGCCUUAUGUUCUCCCGAACAGAUUAAAUGGGCCAGGAUAUCUCCACUUUUUAGAAGAUAUUUUGCCAGUACUCCUAGAAGAGACACCGUUACAAUUAAGGCAACGGAUGUGGUACCUACUAGAUGGCGCUCCUCCUCACUUUGAUUUAAACGUACGGCAGUUUUUGAACAUUAGAUUUCCUCAAAAGUGGAUAGGCAGAAAUGGACCUACUAAGUGGCCUCCGAGAUCUGCGGACUUAAAUCCAUGCGAUUUCUUUUUGUGGGGUCACAUGAAACAACUGGUUUAUAAUGAACCUAUUAAUAGUGUUGAACAAUUAACCAAUAAAGUUAAUGCGGUAGCCGAGGAACUACGACAAAAUCCAAGACUAAUUUCUAAUGUUCAAAGUUCUUUGGAAAGACGAUUGCAAGUGUGUGUAAAUAAUAAUGGACGGCAUUUUGAACAAUUAUUGUAAUAAACUUUAUUUUGAAUUAAUUGGUUUUGCUACGGCAACAGUGCAAUUUCUAUGGGUAAGUUCAAUUUCGAUUUAUUUUACUUCUUUAAAUAUGGAAACUAGUAGGUCGGAAAAGGGGACUCUUCCCCAAUAUUUAAAUUUUAGAAUUUGAAGUUAAAAUUGGUGCCAAUCGUUUUUGGUCAUUACAUACUAUUCCCCAUUUUAAUAUGUACGUGUAUUUCAAUAACACCCUGUAUAAUACUAUAACACCACUCGAUAAUUGUUCUUUAGUUAGGUUUUCACCUUAGAUUAAACAGACCGAAGAUGUAACAUUGCACACUGCGCAUGUUGUCUAUUUUAACCCAAAGUAACCCACCAAUUGAAAAUCAUUGUUUGCACGACGCCACCCGAAUUGCUCCGAUUUUUCCAUUCAACGAUCACCUCCGCCUGAGUUCAAUCACCAUUGACAGCUGUUUUUUUAUUUAUUUGUUGGUAUUUUAGCAAUUUAAGGUGUUCUAGUUAUUCAAUUUCAAGUUCAAAAUGCCGUUUUAGUAUUAUUAGUAUGAGGUCUGUGUACUGAAAAGUAAACCGUAAGAUAAAGGUACAUGUACAUCUGACAUUUAUUGCAUGAGAUUUAUGUCUGACAGUUGUUUAGUCCAGUAUAAACACACAAAAAUUUCUCUCGGACAUAUAUUUUUGAGUGUUUACACUGGACUAAACAACUGUCAGACAUAAAUAUCAUGCAAUAAAUGUCAGAUGUAAACGUACCUUUACGUAAGUUUUUUUAACGUUAGUUGUUGUUUUUUUUAAUUGUGUAAUUUGUAGGUACAAGCAUAAAUUUAGUAAAAUCAUGGAUAUUCGAAAAUUUUUAAACAUGAAAACCUCGAGUAAAAGUGAGGAUAAAUCAGAUAAUGAAAGUCCUCCAAAGAGCAGCCUAAAUUUCAAGGGGAGCAUUUUUUUGGUUUUACGGAAUUAAAAGCAAUGGAUGCUCACUGAGAGAGAUUUGAAGCUAAAUUUAAAUAAACUUGUUGGUUUGGGAUUUGAUGGGUGUUCCACGAUGGCUGGUAAAGAAAAUGGAGUGCAGCAAUUAAUUAGAAAUGAAUAUCCUAAUGCAACCUUUUUUCGUUGUUCCUCCCAUAAACUUAAUUUAGUCAUCAAUGACCUAAAUUCUGUUCAAGUUGUCCAAAACUCUAUAGGCGUCAUUGAGGAAACAAUAAUGUUUUUUAGAGAGAGUCCAAAAAGGCAUGCAAUGGUUUCCAACUUGCCGUUGUUGUGCGAGACCAGGUGGUCAGCAAAAUAUAAAUCAAUAAGGCUUUUCUAUGAAAAAUUUAUUUUUAUCACAACGGUGUUACAAAAUAUGUCAACAGAUGUAAUGUUUAGUGCCAAAACAAAGUCAAAAGCUCAACAACUGCUUUGCUCAGUAUCCUCGUCCCAGUUCAUUAUGUGUCUUAAUAUCAUUGCUAAGUAUUCCUCACUAUUGGAACCAGUGGCAAAUAAACUGCAAGGGGUUUCUAUAGAUUUACUUUCUGUAAAAUAUCAUGUUGAUACAUUAAUCACCAUGUUUGAAAAGGACCGAACAAAUGCAAAUUCUGUCUUCUCAAAUAUAUUCAAAAAAUGUACAGAAAUUGCUAACGAACUAAAUAUUGAUAUCAAAACUCCUCAAACAAUUCCAUGUCAAAAUUACAGAUCAAAUAUACAGGGCAAAUCACCAGAAGAAUAUUUUAGGAUUUCUAUAUUCAUUCCUUAUUUAGAUUCAAUCAUAAGCUCCCUUAAAACUCGUUUUAGCUCUAAUAACACAUCAGCCUUUUCUCUAUCGCGGUUUCGUCCAGCUCUUAUUAAAGAAAGAAUUAAUCUUAGUGAAAGUCAGUUAGAUGAUAAUUCAAAAAAAUUCGGGGUUGAAAAUUUAAAGGCGUAAUAUUCCACAUGGCAAUAAGUGUGGAAGGAAAGGGAGUUCUCGGGAGAUAUAACCAAACUUCUAAAUGAGGAAUGUGCUUUUUUUCCCAACAUUAAAACUUGUUUAAAAUUCUCUGUAAUUAGGGGAGAGCGGGGCAAGACGGGGGUAGUGAGGUAAGAUGGGGUAUCACUAAUUGUAGCGAGUGGGGGCAGUCGAUCGAACGGAAAACAACAACAAAAUGCGCUGUCAAGGUCUGUAAGCACGGGUUGAAAGUUUAGUAUGCCGUGGAAUUGCGACGAAGCAGUUGUGUAAAGUUAUCUCCAAAUAAUCUGUGAUUUCAUACGUUACAUUUUUAUAGUGGUCAAGUUUAAACUAUGAUAAGUAAGUAGACAUUAUUUUUACAUUUUUUAAAUAUUUACUGGUGUAUGUGGGAUGUAUUUGCAGUUAGUUACGUAUAAUUAGUUUUUAUUUUUUAUAAACCAGAAUCGCAGUAAUUAGAAAUUUUUGCAAAAUGGCGCGAAUGGGCAAGAUGGUUUUGUUUUUGAGGGGCAAAAAGGGGUACUACUUGGUAUAUAGAAAGUCACCUUUGUUGUUUAAAUUGCCAGAGUAAAAUUAUAUUUAUAAUUAUUUUCUUUUUAAGAUCAUGGUGAGAAAGUAUAAACGAAAGUCUGACCGUGGAAAUUGGUCUGUUGAAGGGAUGGAACAUGCCGUUACAGCUGUGUUGAAUGAGGAAAUGGGAUAUAAAAGGGCAGCUGAAUCGUACGGUGUGCCUCAAUCAACUUUGGAGAGAAAAGUUAAAAUAGCUAGAGAAAAUCCAGAUAUUGGAACUGAGCAACUUAAAAAGCCAGUUUUUAG